AUGAACACCAUGUUGCGUCGUCUUAGAAGAUGCUAUGGUCCCAAGAUAGGCCACACGGAGCCGAAUGUAUUCAGGAAUAACCAACUAUUGAUUCAACGUGGAUAUUGCGCUCGAAAAUAUUCCCAAUCGACAGCCCAAUCAAAAAUGGGGGAUCUGAAGAGCCAGGGGGCACUCACCGGCCUGAAAAUUUUAGAUCUUUCCCGAGUCUUGGCUGCCCCAUUUUGCUCACAGAUUCUGGCAGAUUACGGCGCCGAUGUCAUCAAGGUUGAGACUGUUGAUAAAGGAGAUGACACAAGGCAUUGGCAGAUGACGGGAGAAGCAGCGACAUGGAGGAAGUCGGCCGGUCCAAUCUCCAACUACUUCUCUGCCGUCAAUCGAAACAAAAGAUCCAUCACCUUGAAUUUGAAACAUGAGAAAGGCAAGGAAAUCUUGAAGAAGCUGGCGCUGAGCGCCGAUGUGGUGAUUGAGAACUUCAAACCAGGAACAAUGGAGAAUCUAGGGCUUGGAUACGACACGUUAAGAGAAGAGAAUCCGAAGCUUAUUUAUGCCAGUCUCUCCGGAUACGGGAGAUCUGGACCUUACGCCAAGCGCGGAGGCUAUGAUCCGAUCGCAGCAGCAGAAGCCGGCCUCCUUCAUAUUACUGGAGAGCGGAAUGGCCCUCCAGUGCGAGUCGGUCUCGGGAUGGUAGACAUGUCCACGGGCCUCUACCUCCACGGUGCAAUCCUCGCCGCUGUAAUUGCUCGUCAGCGGGACGGGCUGGGUCAGCGUGUAGACACAUCACUGUUCGGAACCCAAGUCAGCAUGCUGAUCAAUGUUGGGCUAUCCUGGCUCAACUUGGGCAUUGAAGCUCAGCGCUGGGGUUGCCAACACCCAAGCAUUGCCCCGUACGAUGCGUUUGAAACCAAAGACGCCUACCUCGUCUGUGGCGCGACCAACGACGUCCAGUUCUCAGCCCUCUGUAAGCUUCUUGGGCUCGGGGAGUUAGCUAAGGAUGAGCGCUUUGCAACCAACCCUAAGCGCGUGGAGAAUCGGGACACGUUGGGUCCUAUGUUCAACGACGUUUUCCGGACGAAGACGACGGCUGAGUGGGUUCCUAUCUUCGAAACCACAGGUCUGCCUUUUGGGCCCAUCAAUAACAUGGAACGCACCUUUGCUCAUCCGCAGACGGAGGCACUUGACAUGGUCAAUCGUGUGGACCUGGAUGCAGCUGAAUCAGGGCAGCUUCGUCUGAUUGGACCGGCGGUUAAGUUCAGUAGGACGGAGACGACUUUCAGGCGUGCUCCUCCAACACUCGGGCAACACACAUCGGAGGUGCUGGAGGAACUUGGAAUGGAGAGCUCGGACGUGGCGCUAUUGAAGGAGCAAAAGGUGGUAUAG